AGGCAGACUGCAGAGGUUUUCCUUCUCUAGACGCAUGGAUAUCAGUUAUCAAGUGAUUUUGGGGUGUGGCAACUACAUAUAGCGGGCUGAGCUAAUUUGAGUGUUGAAGACAGUAAAAGAGUCUCAAACAGUUCCCAAUCAACUGAAAUGGACUGCUGCCCCACAGUGGAAAUAGAAACUACCAAUGAAUCUACAGGUGAAGACACAAAAGACAAACAACAAGUAUUUACAUGUUCUGCUGAGACACAUCAGGAAGAGGUUGCCAAGUUACAAAAUGUGCCUGCACCAGGUGAGAUUUCAGUGCAGCAUAUUGGGACCAGUUCCAUUACUCUUGCCUGGAAUAGCCCAGAAAACAUAACUACAUUUGAGUUAACUUGCUUCAAUCCUACAACUACAAAGACCUUUACAAUCUCCAAUGCAUCAGCCAUGGAAGUAGAAGAUCUUUCUCCAGAGACUGAAUAUGCAUUCACCAUCAUUUCAGUUUCAGUAAACGGUGAUCGAAGUGCAGGAACUGAACUGACUGCAUCCACCAAGCCAGUCCCACCUGACAAAUUCAAGGUUGAGAAUGUGGGAACCACAUCAGUAACUCUUAUUUGGGAUGUAUCUGGAUAUAAAGAGAAGAACUUUCAUGUGGUCUGUCGACAGAAUGGAAGAAACAUCCAGGAUGACAUGACAGAAUCUGGAAGUGUGGUUUUCAGUGACCUAAGUCCGGGGAAUAAGUACUCUUUUCACAUUACAAGAGUGCUUCCAAAUGGCAUUCGAAGUAAAGAAGCAGUGACAUACGCUCAAACGAAAACAAACAUCCAGGGCCUCUUGCAGGAUUUGGGUUUGGAGCAGUACUACCCAAACAAACUCUCACUCAGUGAUGUGCUGCAGAUCGACAAGAGUUCAGUGACCGAUGAGCCAGCCCAGUUUCUAUCAUCUUUACCAUGGCUACUCCUGAAGAAACUCAUGAUGGUAAAUGUGACGGCAAGAAGUGUCAAAUAUGCACCAGAUGACGAUUUGUCAACUUUAGAUAUCUACAAUGACACAUCUAUUUUUCAGAUCGAUCAGAAUGUCAAUGUAAACCCUUUAGACAUAGUGACCACCCUCUUUCAUUGUUCUGAUGGUUUCCUACAACAGGAAAUGGUCUCAAAAAUGUCAAUGUGUCAGUUCUCUGUGCCUUUGCUUCUUCCAGACUGUGAUGGUCAACAGUGCAUGUACAUGCUUUGGGCCAUGAGAGAUAUUGUGAAGAAAUUUAGACCUCACUCCUUGUCAGACCAAAAAGGCUUUGUGGAGGACAGAAUUGUUCACUCUGAGCUCCCCUUAGUGUCCUUUGUUAGACUGGGUGACUGCAGCAUUUCUAAAUCUCAGAUCUUAAACAAACUGCUUAGCAACCCCCAACAGUAUCAUGAUACCUUUGUACAUCGUGACAUGGACUGUGGAGAUAUCCCGAGAAAGAUAUCAGAUGGGUUAGUGGAGAUGAGUUGGUAUCUACCUUGUGGAAACAAAAACAUUGAUGUCUUUCCUGAACCUGUGGCUUUUGCAAACUUGAGAGGGGACAUCAGUACCUUUGAAACGCAGUAUUCAUUCUUAUGUCAGACCUCCACUGCAGUUUUUGUGUUUUUUGAAAAUCUGGACACAAAUUACAAGCUUCUCACCAACCAACAUGCUAAAGCACAAGUUUAUUUAGUGGGCAACGCCCAAAGCAAAACAUUUAAUUUGCAUCAGCUGAAAAGCACAGCCCUUGAAAUGAACUUGAAGAAAGACAACAUCAUUCUGAAGAUGAAACAAAAUGAUGCACAUUUUGUCAAAAAUCUGCAUACCACAGUGAAUUACAUAAUCAAUAACCAUCCUAUCAAAGCAUGCCUGGAGAAAAUGGACACCAUAGCACACGAGCUUGGAAUUCUAGUAGAUGAAGACACCGAAGAUUGCCAAAAAGCAAAAAAUAACGCGCAUGUCAUAAUAAAAGGUAUACAGGACACCUUGCAGUUCAAAGAGGAUCAGCUUCCCCUUCAGGGUAAAAUCUGGAAAGAUCUGGCUAAACUGGAAAAAGAGGAAUGCAGACUCCGGAAAGCUGGUGAUCAAAAUAUAGAGAUAUACAAGAGUGAUCUCCAGAUUAAAAAGAUUGAACUCAGGAAACUGCAAAAUAAAUAUGACAUUUCAGAGGCAAUGUCUUGUUUUAUUAGCGCAUUAUCGACAUCAAGCCAGGAGAGGACCUACUUCCUAAAGUGGAUGCGGAUGAACCUAGACAAUCUCUCCCGAACAAACCUCUCCGACCUCCGAGAGCAGUACAAAGAAAAGUGUCAGCAUUUUUCAGAAAACAAAGAGGAAAUCGCACAGCUCGAUCAACAGAUCUCCAACAGUUCUUUAGGAGUAGAGCACUUCCUGCGUGAAAUGGGCCAACUUUACGAAGCCGCUGUGUCGCUUUCAGAAAACCUAGAAUCACGUCAACAAAUGCUCCACUUGCCAAAGUUAUGUGCUAAGCUGAUGUUGAAUGGUUUCCCACUAGAACUGGUUGAUGGAGAUGCUUCAAAUAUUCCUCUUAGAUGGGUGAGUGAUGUACUGAAGUAUCUAAACUCUUUAGUGCAGCCCAAUAAUAAAAUCAUGGUGGUCACAGUUUUAGGAGUCCAGAGCACAGGGAAAUCCACCUUGCUGAACACCAUGUUUGGAGUUCAAUUUGCUGUCAGCAGUGGAAGAUGCACCAGAGGAGCUUUCAUGCAGCUGAUUAAAGUCAAAGAUGACAUCAAACAACAACUUGGCUGUGAUUAUUUAGUGAUAAUUGACACUGAAGGCCUGAAAUCCCCAGAGCUUGCAAAACUAGAUGAUAGCCAUGAACAUGACAACGAAUUAGCCACACUUGUUGUUGGAUUGAGUGACGUCACAAUCAUCAACAUCGCAAUGGAGAAUUCCACAGAGAUGAAGGACAUUUUGCAAAUUGUGGUCCAUGCCUUCCUCAGAAUGAAGGAAAUAGGUAAAAAACCCAAGUGUCAGUUUGUCCACCAAAAUGUCGCUGAUGUAUCAGCCCAUGACAAGAACAUGAGAGAUCGGAAGCUUCUGCUGGAGCAGCUGAAUGAGAUGACAGAGGCAGCAGCUAGAAUGGAGAACAAGGAGGAGUAUAAAAUGUUCACAGAUGUGAUGGAGUAUGAUCCGGAGACCUGCAACUGGUAUAUCCCUGGGCUCUGGCAUGGAAAUCCUCCAAUGGCACCAGUGAACGCUGGCUACUCCGAGGCUGUCUAUGACUUUAAAAAGAACAUGGCUGAGAUAAUUGCACAAUGCAAAUGUAACACACAUGUAAACAACAUUACUGACUUUUUGGAGUGGACGAAAAGCUUGUGGAAUGCAGUCAAGUAUGAAAACUUCAUAUUUAGCUUCAGGAAUAGCUUGGUGGCAGAUGCUUACAUGAGACUGUGUGCAGAAUACAAUAGAUGGGAAUGGUCUUUCAAAAAGGAAAUGCACUCUUGGUUAACUCAAGCUGAAACCAGAGUGUCAAACUUUGAGAUAUUCAAACAGAAAUCAGACAAGUCAGACCUGAAAGAUAUUUUAUUCAAACUGAAACAAGAAGCUGUCACAAAACUUGACACACUGGAAAAGACCACAAUGGAUAACCUGUCCAAAUACUUUGAACAAACAGAGGGUCAUGUCUUUCUUGUGGAAAAGUACAAAGAAGGCUUUGUAAGCAGCAUAAAGUCUCUCAGAAGGGUAAAUGAGAGCUCCUUGGUAACACAACUUGAGACAAUUGUGGAAAUAAGGAGAGGAAUGAAUAAGCUGGAUAACAUCAAGAAAAAAUUCACUGAUACAAUGGAGAAAAAGGUGUUGAGUCUCUUGGAGGAGUUACGCAAAUACAAUGAUGCCCAGAAAACUGACGAGGAGCUUGAGCAGUUUUUUGAAGAAAUAUGGCAGGAAUCCGUCAACGAGUUGUCAAAUACUGGACUGAGGAAAAUAAGUAUAUUUGACUGCGUUUUCAAGGAACUUAGGGAUAAAAUGAAACAUAAAGGAAGUUCAGUUACAGAGCAAUUAGUAAAUGUGAAACUGGAGAAUUAUGGACAAGGGGAGUUCAAAAUCAAGAAAGAAAUCUUUUUCAAAAGGUGGUAUAAACGUAUGACUAAUGACAACUCAUCAAUGCAGCUGCAAAAUUUGGCAGAAAAUAUAAUUCAGACAUGUUGUCAGGUUGUAUUGGAAAAGAUGGCAAGGCAUUCAGAUUACCAUGAUGCCUACAUUCAGGAGAUCCUACACAUAAUUGAUAACAGGCUGAAAUCCAACAAGAAUAUUGGAUUUUCAGAUGAUUUUGAACUGUCCCUUAAACUAUAUGUUUGCGGGUUUUCGGCUAAAUCGUUUCAAGACAUGCAUGAUCAUUUCAUUAUGCAGAAUGAUCCACGUAGAUGCCUUGACAGGUUUAAAGGCAAAUAUCAAAAUGAUUUUAAAGACCUGUUCUAUGAUCGUGAUCAGUGCCAGAGAAAAGCAGAAGAAUUCACAAAACUCUGCUUAAAGCCUGCUGUUGAGGCAUUCAUCUACAGCUCCUUGGGUCCAGACAUUGUAGAUCAAAUGCUACAGGGGAAAAAUGCAUUUCAGUUCAGCACUCGUGCAUUUUUCCAGUACUCCCUCCUAAAGCAACUUGUAAAUGAAGACAAGUUUGAGCAGUAUGAAAAAUACAUCAGCUUCUACGAAUCCUUUGUUAAGGGCUGGAUAGAAGAUCAAAUAAUCAAACAUUUUUCGAGCAACAAUAAAGUCUCUGAGUUGGAAGAAUGUCACCUCAGAGGAAUUACCAAGGAGAUUCUGGAAGCUGUCAAAUCAGCCCAGAAUGAAACAGAUGAAAGUGGCAUCAAAGAAUUCAUCCAGUGCAUAUGUAGGAAGCUUGGGCAAAAGCUUAUAAUUCCCAAAGAUGCUCUAGAAACAGUGAUGGUCCUCAACAAUGCAUCUCAAGAGUCAUUUGCAUGCUGGCUAAGCAAAUCAGUGGAGGAAAUGGAACAGACAGUGAAGAAACAGUUGAAGAAAAUUGACAUAAAGGGCAAACUGUUCAAACUCAAAAUAAAACCCCAGGAUGAACUUUUCAAGAGGGUGUUUGGAUGUGGAAAACAGUGUCCAUUCUGCAGCACUCCAUGUGAGGCUGGUGGAGAAGCUCACUCUGAACACUGUGCUUCAGUUCACAGACCUCAGGGAAUCGGCAGAUACAGAAAAGUGAAUUCUGAAAAAUUAGUGACAAACAUUUGCUCCACAAAUGUCCAAAGUGAAAGAAAAUUUGAGUGCUUUGAGACUAAGUACAGUUUUCAUCCAUACAAGAGGUACAGAGAAAUCUUUCCAGAUUGGCACAUCCCUGCCGAUACUAGCAUACAGGCCUCAGACUACUGGAAAUAUGUGAUGGCUCGCUACAACACUAAGUUUGCUGAAAAAUACAAUGCACAGCCUGCUGAUAUACCUGUUAUCUGGAAAAUGAUAACAAAACAACAAGCAGAGAAGAGUUUAAAAGAGGCUUUCAGUGUGAAAUAAAUGAUUAUAUUCAUUUUACAACUGUAGGUACAGUGAUUUGACAGAGCUCUCACAAUCAGCCUACACAAAACAUACAUUGGUUAAAUUCCUACACAUUUUGCAGAGACAAAUUGCAUAACAGUGACUGUUUUUCUCAUUGAAAGAUGGCAAUGUCGGUAUGAUAGCCCAGUGGUUAGUGUGCUGACAUAUGGUAUGGCAGCGCUCCAGGCAUCCCAAGUUCGAAUCCCAACUUGGGGGCCUUUCCUGAAUGCACCCCUUCCCCCCAUUUCACUUACUGUCCUGUCAAAUAAAGGCAAAAAUAAAAAAAAAAUUGAUACUGACAUUUUUAUCAACAAUGAAAAUAAGAAAAAAUCAUGUAUUCAAAACUAUGCUAAAACGUACCUUCUUUCUAAGCCUUUUAAAUGCUCAUAAAUGUAAAAUUGUUAUUAAUCUUUUUCUACCCUCUUGGUAUUUUUUUUUCACUGUGGCCAAUUAUAUCUAUUGUAUAUCUAUUUUCUUAUCAGACAUUUUGUAAUAGCACAGUGGUCAACUGAUCUGAUUUGAAAUACGGGUUCAUUGUUCAAAGGUUGGAAGAAUUAGAUGAAAGAAAAAUGAAUGCAUCAUACAAAAUGACUACAAUGGUGCAAUGUUCUGUAGGUUACAGUUCUUUUUGUCAAGUUGAAUGUUAUGCUGUUUGAUGAAAAAUGUUGUCAAUAUAUUGCAAUUUUAAUCAUUAAUUAUUUUGUGAUGAUUACUUUGUCAUUCGUUGUGAUCAUUUGGAAGCAGAAUUUUAGUAGGCCUUCAUUAAGGAGCUUUUUCUCCUAAAAUUAUUCUGUCAUCAUUUACUUAUGCUUCACUUGUUUCAAGCCUAUUUGCCUUUCUUCUGUUAAACACAAAAUAAGAAAUUUGUUUUUCCCUUAAAAUACCUAUUGGACGAAGGUUAAUGAUGCUAUAAAGUUGCGCUUGAACCCUUUGGUGAGAA